CAUGAAGUCUCGUGUCGUAUCUCUUGAAAGUUCAGUUCUCUUCCCUCUCGGACUCUCUGCAACUGAAAUUCAAAGCUCUCGACGGUGAACUUCAUUUGAAAAACUUCACAUCCAGAUUAUUUCUGGGCCAAAUGCUUCAGCCUCAGUGUUCUAAAUCUCUUUCUACCUGUCUUUUCAGAAUCAUCCUCCGCCGACAAUCUCUCCUACAACAACUUCGUGCAAAAUCUAGUCGUCGAUACAACCCCCAAGACGACGACGACGACGGCGAUAAAGUUCGGAAGAAACAUGAAAAUCAAGAAGGUUAUAUCCAUUUUUACAAAAGUAUGGGCCAACAUAUUCUUACAAACCCACGAGUUCUCCACUCCAUUGUCCAAAAAUCUGAUGUAAGACCCACAGACACGGUCUUAGAAAUCGGCCCCGGCACCGGAAAUCUCACUCUGAAGCUUCUUGAAAAGGCGGAAAAGGUAAUUGCUGUCGAAAUUGACAAGCGGAUGGUUGAUGUUCUCCAUCAGCGUGCUGCCGAGCAAGGACUUGCUGAUAAACUAACUGUUAUAUCCAAGGAUGCAUUGAAAACCGAGUUCCCACAGUUUGACCUUGUUGUGGCAAACAUUCCAUAUGGAAUAUCUUCUCCUCUGGUUGCUAAGUUGGUAUUCGGGGUUAACCCGUUUAGGAGCGCGACCCUUUUGCUUCAAAAAGAGUUCGCAAAGAGAUUACUAGCUAACCCUGGUGACUCGGAGUUCAACCGUUUGGCUGUGAAUGUGAAGCUGGUGGCUGAAGUGGAGUUUGUAAUGAAUGUAAGUAAAAGGGACUUUCUGCCCUGUCCAAGAGUUUAUUCUUCUGUAGUUAAGAUCCGUCCUAAAGCUGAAAUUCCGCAUGUGGAUCUUGAUGAAUGGUGGGCUUUUACCAGAACAUGCUUUAGGAAGAAGAAUAAGACAUUGGGUGCAACAUUUAAGCAGAAGAAAAAUCUGUAUGAGCUAUUGAAAUUGUCUAGACUGACUGGUUCUGAUGAACAGAAUGCAGUCACUCCCUCUGGUUCAGAAUCAGAAUUGAAUUUGUUUAGGGAUAAAAUGAUUGCCAUUCUAAAAUCUAGUGGAUUUGGAGAUAAAAGACCUUCUAAGUUGUCUAAUGAAGAGUUGCUUCAUUUGCUCUCUUUGUUCAAUCAAGCUGGGAUAAUUUUCCAUGUUCGAUCAAAACCAAGGAAUACAGGCGAUGAUGAAGCGUUUGCUUCUUCGUGCAGUUCAUUGUAACACAAAUUUGUAGCACUGCUAUACUUCCUUGUUUUUAUUACUGGUC